AUGGCAACGCAAACGCAGACAGCGACCGAGGUCUUCGAGCUCCAGCCAACAUCCAAGACCACAACCAUAACACCUAUCUAUCAUCCACCACGGUCAUCGCACGAAGUCUCGAAUUAUGAUCACCGCAUAUCCGACACCGAAUCAUCCGCCACGCCAUCCGUCAUAAAACCAUCCACCCUCCGCACUUUCCUCACAAUCUUUACCCCCUCCUUCGUCGGCUUCAUAGCCAGCUUCACCAACGGCAUCAUUACGGUCGGCCUCCCCUCAAUUGCGCGUUCCAUCGCGUUAGAACGCUCUCUUUACCUAUGGCCCUCCUCUGUCUAUGGUCUCACAUCCGGGGCCGCACUUCUCAUCGCUGGUUCUGUAGCCGAUAUAGUUGGUGCUAGACCCGUCGAGCUCACUGGGAUCACCUUCCUCGGUGUCUUCACGCUGGCAUGCGGGUUUGCGCAGACCGGCGGGCAGCUUGUUGCUUUCCGGGCUCUUCAAGGUGUGGCGCUCGCUAUUAUCAGCGCCGAUCUAACAAGCAUUCGCUCAGCCAAGACGGCCUCACUCCUCGCUAUCAGCAUCCUCCUUCUCUGCGCCUUUCCAGCCUGGAUGCACUACCGUGAGCGACGUGGAAAGACAGCCCUCGUACCGAACAAGCUGUGGAACAGUCUCCCCUUUACCAGCACAUGCAUCAUGGUCGCACUCUCUUACGGGGUCAUGAACUCCAUUGAACUCUUCUCCAGCCUGUAUUUCCAAGAAGUCCAGCACGCCUCCAUGCUAGCAACAUCCCUCUACCUCCUCCCCAACCUCCUAGCCGGCGUCCUAAUCCAAAUAUCCGUCGGUCUGUUCGUCCACCGCGUCCCUGCCCGCUGGCUCGUCGCCGGCUCAGCCUUGAUCUGCGCCAUCUCGCCUCUCCUAAUGGCCGUCGUGCCACCAACGUGGAGCUACUGGAAACUCGCUUUCUGGGCGCAGAUGUUCGCGCCGUUUAGCGCAGACGUCUUGUUCACCGUCGGCCUCAUCAUUGUGAGUGACAACUUCCCGGAGAAAACGCAGGCGCUGGCUGGUGCUGUGUUCAAUACCGUGGCGCAGUUUGGUAUGAGUUUGGGUAUGGGUAGUUGCCAAGUCGUUGCACUGGGGGUGCAGGUUAAGAGCGGGAGCGAGGGUACUGGUGGCCAUGGUGAUGGUGAUGGCGGCGGGGCGUUUGAGGACCAGGAUGAUGUGGCUGUGUUGAAGGGGUAUAGGGCGAGCUAUUGGCUUAUGUUCGGGUAUAUGGUCGUUUGUAUGAUGAUCGCUGUCGUGGGGCUGAGGAAGGCUGGCAAGGUCGGACUGAAGAGAGAGUAA